GCCGGCUGGGGGCUGUCCUGAGCUGCGUGAACCGGAAGCGCCUGUUCUCUGUCUCAUUGAGUGGGAGCUUCGUGGCAGCCCGCAGGAACACGAUCAUGAGUGGGAGAGGAAGCGUGGCGGCGCCCAGCCUGACCGUGCCCAGCAGCGCCGCUCCGGCUGUCUUGUGGACUGUGGAGCAUCUGAAAGGCAAAGUGGAGGUCAGGGUGGAGGAUGGACAGGAGACGGUUCUGCGGGUGUCAGAAGGGAUCUCUUUCACCGAUGUGAACUCCAUCAUCCGAUACUUGGCCAGACUUGCUCCACAGACUGGAUUGUAUGGUUCAAAUUUAAUGGAGCAGACAGAGAUCAGCCACUGGAUGGAGUUUAGUCAGACCCGGCUACUAGACAAGUCCACGUUUUCUGCUGCCCUCCAAGAGCUGAACCAUUGCCUCUCCCUGCGCACCUACCUGGUGGGGGACUCCCUGACGCUGGCCGACAUCAGUGUCUUCUCCACCCUGGCAGUAAGCGGCUCAUGGCAGACACAGAUGAAAACUAACAAAGCUGCCGUCAAUGUCCGACGCUGGUACAUGUUCCUGGAGCCCAGUGUCCCUUCCCGGGGAGAGCUUAGCGUCGCAGCGCCUCCUGACAAGAAACAAGAUGUUGGAAAGUUUGUGGAGCUGCCGGGUGCAGAGAUGGGGAAAGUGGUAGUAAGAUUCCCCCCCGAGGCCAGCGGGUACCUGCAUAUCGGACAUGCGAAGGCCGCUCUGCUGAACCAGCACUACCAGCUCACCUUCCGGGGGAGACUCAUCAUGAGAUUCGAUGACACCAAUCCCGAGAAAGAAAAGGAGGACUUUGAGAAGGUUAUUCUGGAGGACGUGUCCAUGCUGCAGAUACAGCCGGACCAAUUCACGUACACCUCUGACCACUUUGAGAAGAUAAUUCAGUACGCAGAGAAACUGAUCGAGGAGGGAAAGGCGUACGUGGAUGACACUCCUGCAGAACAGAUGAAAUCAGAACGUGAGCAGAGGACGGAGUCCAAACACAGGAAUAACGCGGUAAAGAAGAACCAGCAGAUGUGGGAAGACAUGAAGAAGGGAACGCAGUUUGGCCAGACCUGCUGUCUCCGCGCUAAAAUUGACAUGAACUCCAAUAACGGCUGCAUGCGAGAUCCAACUUUGUUCCGCUGCAAGACGCAGCCACAUCCACGGACAGGAAGCAAGUACAACAUCUACCCUACAUAUGACUUUGCCUGCCCCAUCGUGGACAGCUUAGAGGGCGUGACGCACGCUCUGCGGACGACGGAGUAUCACGACCGGGAUGAGCAGUUCUACUGGAUCAUAGAUGCUCUGGGAAUCCGUAAGCCGUACAUCUGGGAGUACAGUCGCCUGAACCUCAACAACACUGUACUGUCCAAGCGCAAACUCACCUGGUUUGUCAACGAGGGCCUUGUGGAUGGCUGGGAUGACCCCAGAUUCCCAACUGUGCGAGGCGUCCUCAGAAGAGGCAUGACGGUGGAGGGGCUGAAACAGUUCAUAGCUGCGCAGGGGUCUUCUCGAUCUGUUGUGAACAUGGAAUGGGACAAGAUCUGGUCUUUUAACAAGAAGCUGCGAGCUAUCUGUAAGAAGGUGAUAGAUCCUAUAGCCCCACGGUACAGCGCUUUGCUGAAGAGCCACGUUGUUCCUGUGACCAUCCCAGAGGCUGAGGAAGGAGUGACAGAAGUCGCCAAGCACCCGAAGAACGCUGAGGUGGGUACCAAGCCCGUAUGGUACGGUCCCCGAGUUCUCAUAGAAGGAGCGGAUGCAGAAACGUUGUCUGAGGGGGAGACGGUCACCUUUAUUAACUGGGGAAAUAUCAUCAUCACCAAGAUACAUCGAGACCCCAGCGGGAAAAUACAGUCUCUGGAUGCCAAACUCAACCUGGACAACAAGGACUAUAAGAAAACCACCAAGAUUACGUGGUUGGCAGAGACCUCUAAAGCGCCCUUCACCCCAACAAUCUGCGUCAACUACGACCAUCUGAUCACUAAACCAGUGCUGGGGAGAGAGGAAGACUUCAAGCAGUAUGUCAACAGAAGCAGCAAGCAAGAAGAAGUAAUGCUGGGAGACCCCUGCCUGAAGAGUCUGAGAAAGGGAGACCUUAUCCAGCUGCAGAGACGAGGCUUCUAUAUUUGUGAUGAACCAUAUGAGCCCAUCAGCCCGCACAGCUGUAAGGAGGCGCCGUGUGUGUUGUUUUAUAUCCCAGAUGGGCACACCAAGGAGAUGCCAACGUCUGGCUCCAAAGAGAAGACAAAGACCGCUGGCACAAAGAAAGAGACCAAGGCAGCGGAUUCAACAGCGAGCAACGCCCCCCUUCCACCGCACCUACCAGCAGACGGUCCCGUAAUACUGUACAACAAGAUCACCGCUCAGGGAGAUCUCGUCCGGGAUCUCAAAGCCAAGAAAGCAGAAAAAGCGGAAAUUGAUGCAGCUGUAAAACAUCUUUUAUCACUGAAAGCGGAAUACAAACAGGCAGCCGGUCAGGACUAUAAACCUGGCAACGCUCCGGCGGCUUCUCUGAGCGCAACAGCGACUGUCAGCCACGACUGCAAAUCUGCAUAUGACAACGUGUCCGAUCAAGGGGAAGUAGUCCGGAAAUUAAAGACAGAGAAAGCGGCAAAGCCUCAGAUAGAUGCGGCCGUCAAACAACUUUUGGAGCUGAAAGCAGAAUAUAAACAAAUAACAGGACAGGAUUACCAGGCAGGCGCCCGUCCUGUAGCUCCAAGCUCUGCUCCGGCACCGGCUCCUUCCAGCGCUGAGUCCUCAGAUCUCAGUAUAAUAUAUAAGAAGGUAGCGGAACAAGGAGAGGUGGUCCGAAUUCUCAAAAGCAAGAAAGCGUCCAAGGAUGAGAUAGACUCUGCAGUGAAAUCCCUCUUACACCUGAAAGCAGAAUACAAGCAGAAAAGUGGGCAGGAAUACAAGCCAGGAUGUCCUCCGUCUCAGCCUCCCUGUAACGCCACAGUCCCUCAGACAGGUCCCACUCCCACCAACAGUACAAGUCUAUACAACAGCGUUUGUCAGCAAGGAGAGCUGGUCCGCAAACUGAAAUGUGAAAAGGGCCCCAAGGACAAGGUGGAUGAGGCGGUAAAACUUCUCCUGUCUCUCAAAGCGGAAUACAGAGAGACUGGUCAGGAGUACACGCCGGGAUGCCCGCCUGUAAGCCUAGCCCUGGAGAAACCCCUCCUCAUCCAGGAGAAUGGCUCCAAUUCUUCCCAGGCUGAAGAUCUAUUUAACAAGGUGGCUAAACAGGGGGAAGAGGUCCGAAAACUAAAGACUGAGAAAGCGUCCAAGGACAAGGUGGACGCUGCGGUGAAACAGCUUCUGGACCUGAAGACCCAAUACAAAGCCCUGACUGGAACAGAUUACAAGCCAGUGUCCGGCACAGGCUCCGAGGACAAGAAGCCAAAAGAGGACAAGAAGCCAAAAGAGGACAAGAAGCAGAAAGACAAAGAGAACAAGUCGGAAAAGCAGAGCAAGCAGCCGAAACAGGGCGACAGUCAGAAGAAGGAACCCGUGAAUGGCUCUUCAGGGGAAGGAGCUGGUGAGGGGCAGGGCCCUAAGAAACAGACCAGGCUGGGACUGGAAGCCAAGAAAGAAGAAGAUCUUGCUGACUGGUACUCGCAGGUGAUCACAAAGUCUGAGAUGAUUGAAUAUUACGAUGUCAGCGGAUGUUACGUGCUGCGUCCCUGGGCAUUUGCCAUCUGGGAAUCCAUUCAAGACUUCUUUGAUGGCAGGAUAAAGCAGCUGGGCGUAGAGAACUGUUAUUUCCCCAUGUUCGUGUCUCAGGCGGCACUUGAGAAAGAGAAAACCCACAUCGCUGACUUUGCACCAGAGGUAGCCUGGGUCACCAGAUCUGGGAAGACGGAACUGGCAGAGCCAAUUGCUGUGCGGCCAACCAGUGAAACCGCGAUGUAUCCGGCCUAUGCUAAAUGGGUGCAGUCUCACCGGGAUCUCCCCAUCAAACUGAAUCAGUGGUGCAAUGUGGUGAGGUGGGAAUUCAAGCACCCGCAGCCGUUCCUCCGGACCCGAGAAUUCCUGUGGCAGGAGGGACACACGGCCUUUGCAACAUACGAGGAAGCUGCAGAGGAGGUCCUGCAGAUCCUGGAUUUCUAUGCCAGUGUCUAUGAGGAGCUCCUGGCGAUUCCUGUAGUAAAAGGAAAGAAGACGGAGAAAGAGAAAUUUGCUGGCGGCGAUUAUACGACCACUGUGGAAGCCUUUAUAUCUGCCAGCGGCAGAGCCAUACAGGGUGCAACGUCUCAUCAUCUUGGCCAAAAUUUUUCAAAGAUGUUUGAGAUAGUAUUUGAGGAUCCUAAAAAACCGGGUGAAAAACAAUACGCCUUCCAGAACUCCUGGGGUCUCACCACCCGGACGAUCGGUGUAAUGACCAUGGUUCAUGGAGACAAUAUGGGUUUAGUGCUCCCCCCGCGAGUGGCCUGUGUGCAGGUUAUAGUGAUUCCGUGCGGCAUCACAAACACUCUGUCAGAGACAGACAAGGACGCUCUGCUCCAGAAGUGCAACCAGUACCUAAAGCGUCUCUUGAGCGUAAACGUCCGGGCUCGCGCUGAUCUGCGUGACAACUACUCCCCUGGCUGGAAGUUCAACCAUUGGGAGCUGAAGGGUGUCCCAAUCAGACUUGAAGUGGGACCACGCGACAUGAAAAAUCAGCAGUUUGUAGCAGUGCGGCGUGACACUGGGGCGAAGGUGAUAAUCACAGAGGAGCAGGCCGAACGUAGACUACAGGAUAUGCUGGAGGAGAUCCACACAAAUCUCUACAACAGGGCCCUGAGUGACCUAACCAGUCAUAUGGUGACUGCCGAGACUAUGGAAGAGUUUCAGAAGCAGCUGGACACAGGAAAGAUCGUGCAGAUUCCGUUCUGUGGAGAAAUUGACUGUGAGGACUGGAUUAAGAAGACCACGGCCAGGGAUCAGGACCUAGAGCCGGGAGCUCCAUCAAUGGGCGCCAAGAGCCUGUGCAUCCCGUUCCAGCCACUGAGAGACCUGCAGCCUGGAGCCGCAUGCGUGUGUGAGCGGAACCCGGCUAAGUACUACACGCUGUUCGGCCGCAGCUAUUAGCGGCACAGACCGCCACUUCCACCCCUGUAAUAAGCUCUUUAUUUUUAUGAAGUAUUGUAACCCUCAGAAGACGAGAGAUAUUAGGAGCCGUGUGGAGGAACGCUCGGCGCUACCGCACACGUAUUUUCUGACUACAUCCCUGAUAAUAAAAGCUAUGAUAAAUCUAUAA